GACAAACGUGCCAUUGCAGUACCAUAAAGGGUCCUCUAGGUCAUACAUGUGCCCCCUCGUCGAGGCUAUCGAACAGUUAAAAAUAUACCUUGACGACGAGGGGCUAACGCUCCCUCGAGAGCCGUCACCGUCACCAUGUCGCAGACUAUCGGGCUGACGAAACUAGCCUACUCGCGAGUAUGGCACCAUGUCUCCGCCUCGGCGCCACACCCGACACUCUCCACGCAACCGAACGUAACCCCUCCAUCUCUAGGCCGUCUAGCCUCGCGCAUCGCCGUGAUCCUCAUGGGCAAGCACAAGCCGAUCUGGGACCCGUCGACGGACUGCGGGGACUACGUGGUAGUAACCAACUGCGCGGCCCUGCACGUCACCGGCCGCAAGAAGUGGCAGAAGACGUACUACCGACACAACACGCGGCCCGGCUCCCUGCAGUCCGUCACCAUGGACGUGCUCAUGGCCAAGCACGGCGGCGCCGAGGUCCUGCGCAAGGCCGUCAGCGGCAUGUUGCCCAAGAAUCGACUACGGGAUAAGAGGCUCGCUCGGUUAAAGGCGUUCGAGGGCGACGCGCACCCGUUCAAGAAGAAUUUGAUACGGUUUGGUGGCGUGGAGGUGGGUAAGGAGGGCUGGACCGAGGCGGUUCAGGCGAUAAGGCAGGCGGGUGCGCAGAGGUUAUAGCGGAAUGUUGCUUUGGCGGGAGCUUU